AACGUCUUCUUCCUCCCAGCAACCAGGAGGCUUCAAGGUUAGGGUUCAAGUUACACACUCAUUUUUUGCCCAUGUUGAACCCCAACCACGCAAAAACGUUGGCAACCUCGAACCUCGAGACUCCGAGGCACACAUCGCUCAGACCGUAUAGCAGAAGAUGAGUGACAGUCAAGAGGAUGGAGUGGAUAGAACAGGGAUUGAUCCUGGGUCAUACUGGCGGGUGUGGACUUGCAUCGAGACUCUUCUAAAUGAAGACGAGAAAAACCGAAUGAUGAUGGAACCAUAUCGUGCCACUACUCUUCAGGUGACAUCCAUUCUUCGACUUUGGGGGAAGCAAUGGGCUGGGAAUGCGGCAUGGGCGUCUGUGUUGAACAAAAACAGUCUGCAUCACGAAGCUGAAGAGUGCAUUGUGGCUUUGUAUCAUCUGCGCCAAUGGAUGAACGAGGUGGUCGAAUCGGAUGCAUCCGCGGAAAACGGGUUUCUCGCGGUGGAUGUCUGUGGUGGGAAAGGCAUCUUUUCAAUGAUGUUAUCUUACAUGGCAAGCGAAUUCUGGCAACCUGAAGAUGCGACAGCAGCCACCACCCAGGAUCAAAUCUCAAGACCACGGCAUCUAAAGAAGAUUAUAUUGCUGGAAAAAGCGACAGACAUUGACUGGUGUCAUUUGAAGGAAGCCAAUCAGAGGAGUGAUAGUCACACUGCCAAUGCCGGUAUCAGCUUCCCAAUGAUCGAAUUAUGGUCUGAUACUAAUUUGCACCAGUAUGACAUCCUGAUAGAACGUCUUCAGGCUUUGUCCGCUGAGAAUGACAAUCUACCAAUCGCCAUGACAGGAAUCCACUUGUGCAAAAUGCUCAGUCCAUCCUUGGCCGGCCUUGUGAACGGACUGGGCUCUCAGCUGUGCCCCUAUCUCUGUUUGUCACCUUGUUGCCUCCCACGGGUCGUGCUCAACCCGUCGUCGAAAAAGAACAAGAAACUCAACACGCCACAGCCACCACGAAUUAUUCCAAUCCAUGGCCAUGAGACCAAAGAAGCAAGAGAAUCUCGCCUGGAACACAAUCGUCGAAAACAUGCCGCUCGAAAUAGAUUUUCCUGCUACUUGUGUAAGAGUAGAAAGCAUUGGGUGAAAAGGUGCCCUCAAUACACUGCCAUGGAGGACGACGAAGAACGACAAAAAGUAAUGAAUGCUGCUUUGGCUUCUGUUCCUUGCUGGAUCUGCGGAGUGGUGGGCCAUUUCAGGAACGACUGUCCCAAUCCAGACGCUGCCCGAAUUGUCAAUAGAAACCCACCGACAGCAGAAAUGGACGUCUCAAAUGUUAUUACAUCUCCUUCACCAUAUGCCACCUAUGUCAGCUGCUGGCAGCUCACAUUGACUUGGGCAAGAACAGCGGUGACGAGUUCACCAACAACAAGAGGCCUCAUUCUUCUGCGGAGGAUCAAACCAGCCUUGAACAGGUUGAGCGAACUACAAAGAAGAUGAAACAGACCAAUCUACAGGUACUUGAAGCUGGCCUCACAGACACAAGUGCACAUGAAGGGAAUUGGAACAGUCGUCGCAAGUCAAUCUUCAUCAUUGUAUCUAGAUGACUCUCGCAACAGGCAAGAUACUGUCAAAUGCUUUCUGGCUUUUCUGGUGGUCUUACUUAUUAUUGACUAGUGCACUUGGCAGAAGUUCUUUGGUUGCCAGGACCAUAAGGACUGGCUUGUCAACUCAUUUUUGUCAACCUGUGGAAGCAUCAGCACCAUGUGGGCCAGGUGCAGGAAAGCCAUGAAAAGUGGGAGUGCAAUGGUAUUGAUUAGUAUUGAUAGUUACUGAAGCUCUUGCAUCUUUUUGGAAAUGAUUUAUGGCUUCUUAUGCCCCUUCCAAAUCCACAUGUCAAAGGGUCCUAGCUUGAGAUUAGGGAGGGGCUCAACCCCAACCUGUUCAGAUGAAAGGAAGCUUACAUGCUGCUAGAGAUUUGUUUAAUGGUGGAACAGCAUCUGUUCUGGCAGUCUCAUUGCACAACAUCUACUACGGUAAGGACUCUUCUUGGAGCAAAAGUGUCACCAGAGAAAGUAUCUGAGACAAACUGAACCCUU